AAACGUUUUUACCCAGAUCUUUGAAACCGUAAAAAACAGACACAAUCGACCAGGUUCCCCCUAUAUUUUUUUCCCGCCAUUUUUCGCCUCUUCUGUGUUGGCCUCCUGAAAAGACGAAAUUCUCGCUCGCCUAAACUACAAUUUUCCUUCCCGACGAAACUAAAACUCUGUUGUCUUCUUUUCUCUAACAGUCGGCAACAUUUCUCCUCAUUGAAAAAAUUAGAUAUUAACAAAUCAACCGAUCACAAUCAAAGUUAUAUCUCUACAUCUCUUCAUUUGGGGUGGGUGGAUUCAAGUGAAUUGGAUUCACAACUUUGGGGUUUCUAAAGAUCCAAGCUUCCAAUCAGACUUCAAUUAGCUGAAGAUGUAAGUCACAGAUUUGCAUAAGUAGGUAGAACGUACGGAUUUUUGCCAUACGGUCCGAUUCCCGCAGAUAGAAUACAAGUUAAGAAGGUUUUUGAACGGAAUGGCAGGAACAUCGUUCGUGCGUCUUUGCUAGUAGAGGAUUAAAAGAACCCUAAUACUCAAAAACCUAAGCUAAAACCCUCAAACGCUAGGGAAAUUAUCGCAUCAUGGAAACAUCGAAAGCAGCAGAGGAGGCUUUAAUUCUACUCAGAAGUAGGAUUUGUAACCCUAAUUUCGUUUUCUCUGCUUUAUCUGAUAAACCAGACAGUAACUACAGUAAAUUAAAGUUCCUACUCUCCAGCUCAGUUACUGAAUCCUGCAAUAACUCCGUCUUGCUUCUUGGUCCUCGUGGGUGUGGAAAAAUCCCUGUGUUAGAGCUUGUUUUACAAGAUUUGCAGUCUGAGCAUCCUGAAACAAUUUCAGUGGUCAGACUGAGUGGGAUAUUGCAUAGUGAUGAUAAUUAUGCACUCAAGGAGAUUGCUAGACAACUUUGUUUGGAACAUGACUUGGAGUUUUCGAAAAUGGCCUCAUCUGAUGAUAACUCUCAGUUCAUGAUAGCCAUGCUGCAAAAGUGUGGACUAGAUCAUAGAACACUCAUCUUUGUACUUGAUGAGUUUGAUCUCUUUACUCAGGGAAAGCAAAGACUACUCUAUUGCUUGCUAGAUGCAAUGCAGUCUGUAAUGUCACAAGCUGUAGUUGUCGGUUCCAGUUGCCGCUUGGAUGCAGAUCAACUCCUAGAAAAGAGAGUAAGAUCGCGUUUUUCCCACAGGAAACUAUUGUUUCUUCCUCCCUCUAAAGAAGACCUACAGAUAUUGUUGGAGCACAUACUGUCUUUGCCAGCAGAUUCAAGUUUUCCUCAUGAUUAUGUAGUUGAGUUUAAUGAGAAAAUUCAUUGCAUAUUAGGAGACCAGAGGUUUAAAGCAAUUCUUACGAAACUAUCUGAUGCUGAUUCCAGUGUAAACAACUUGUUGAGCUUUCUAUUUCGAUCUAUUUGCAAUAUGGAUUUAAAAGAAUCAAGGUUUCUUUCAAUAAAAAACUUUGAAACUGCGAGUAAGAGCAUCCAUCAGCAACCCAAGCUUGAAAGCCUGCAAGAUUGUUCUAUUUUAGAGCACUAUAUUAUGGUAUGCAUGAAGAGACUGGAAACUAAAGAGCAGAACUCCUACAACUUCAAUUCUGUUAUGAAAGAGUACAAAGACAUACAUGAUGCUUUCCCGAUUUAUGUCACUUAUUAUGAAAGGGAUAGAUGCUUAAUGGCCUUUGAACACCUUGAACAGCGUGGGUUAAUCUCCUUUGAAGAUGUCAGGGGGCAGAAUCCGUCUGUUCAAUUUCGCUCAGUUAAGCUACUAGUCUCAUCCCAUCAGCUUCAGGAGAGCUUGAAAGCAAACAGUUCCAGUAUUCCCGGGAAAAUUCGGACACUACUAAUGUUGUAAGAGACAAAACGAGAAAAGGGAGGUUGUCAACGAUGCUGGAUGCAUUCUCAUUAAUAAUGCUGGAUGUUAUAACCCUUCUAGAGAAGCAUUACUAUUUUUUGUCAUUGGCUGGAAUAGAUAGCUUCAAGCCUGUGGCGACUGUACCUGGAAGGCUGUGAUCAGAGUUCUAAGCUCAUGAAAUUGCCAUUAAACUGUUCCUGGUUAAGUAAUAAACAAUAUAUUAACCUUAAUUAAUCAUGACUAUGUUUUGGAAAGUUAUUCGUUUUGUUUCUUAUUUGAUACUAGA